AUGCAAAAAGAUACACAUCAAGGUAGAUCAGCGCGAUUUUCAUGCGUAUCUCAAGCGACUAACAAUCGACUCAAAAAGUGUAACGAGACAAAGCCCAAAUGUGGAAGAUGUGAUCGAUUGAACUUGACUUGCGAGUACAAGUCUAUUCUAGCGGCACUGAAACCGGACUCGUCAGUGUCAUCGGCACACUCUGUAUCCCGCUCUGUAUCACCCAUGCCACCAGGACGGACGGGCCAACAACCACUUUGCAUGCUGGAUUUAGAAAUCUACCACGAAUUCAUGUUCAAAUACGGCGACACCAUGGGAGUCGAACCUCAAAGCCGCGACAUGUUGAGAAGCAAACUCGUGGAUCUGGCAAAUACCCAUGACUACGUGUUGCACAACUGUCUCGCUCUAUCUGCUCUCCAAAUCUUCCACGGGGACUCGACAAGAACAGAGCUUUGGGAGCGAGCAUGUUAUUUGCAGGGUAUCGCCAUCGAGCAAGUGCAGCCAACUCUGAUAAACAUGACGCAAGACGAUGCUAUACCCAGUCUGAUCUUUGCAAGUAACACGGCAGCAUUCUCUCGCUGUGAGUAUAUACUCAAUCCGCACAGUUAUACCGACGACAUGGAUCCUAUCGACAAGAUCAUCGAAAGCUUUCAAUUAUCGAGAGGCAUUUCUCUGGUGGCGUCCAAAUACUGGCCAUUUCUAAAGCACUCUUGGAUUAACCACAAUAUCCCUGAUAUCGUGGAUGACAUGGAAGAAGAAAUGAGGCAGAGCUUGAAGAGCAGGUUUCCAGUCUACUCAUCCGUAAAGUCCCUCGCUCUUGGUCUUGAGGACGCACAACGACGGCAGGUGUGUGUAGAGCUCAUCGAAAAGACUUUUCGCUACAUUGCGCAUCUCAUGAGUGAUGGCCACAAAUAUCCCAGUCUCAUAUAUCUGGUGGAUGCAUGGAGCGUCACUAUACCAGCCGAGUAUCGGGAGAUGCUGGAAGAGAGAAGACCUGUGGCUCUCAUCAUCCUGGCUUAUUACGCCGUUAUGAUCUCGCUAGCGAGUGAGGUUUGGCAUCUGGAAGCUUGGCCAACGCUGCUUAUCAAUAGAAUCACAGAGACAUUAGGUAAAGAGUGGGAAGAGGAGUUUUUGCGUUGGCCGAGGAAGAUGAUAUUGAAGUGA